ACCGCCGCCGCCGCCACCAGCAGCCCCGCCCAGCCCACCCACCAGACCCACCGUUGCUUCGCGCGCUCCCACCCUCCCAUAAUAAUACACACUCCACCUCGCUUCCACCACUGACACACAAAUUGCCUCUUAAAUAGCAUCAGCAGCGACAGAAUCAACUUCAACACUACUCUACAACCCACCCACCCAUGCCGCCGGCCAUCGACAUUGUCGGCCGCGCGCCCCUCCUCACCCCACCAGCAGCAGCAGCCACUGGCGCCGACUCGCUCUCCGCCUCGCCGGUCGCUUCGCUGUCGUCAGCAGGCUCGAUGAGCGAGGUGUCGAGCGCGCUCGGCGCGACGGGUGGUGUUGGCCGCUCAGCUGCGCCAUUCGACGCCCUCUCGCUCAACGCCGCCGCGGCCCGCACGCCGACUUCGCUGCCCGCCGCCGUGACGCCAAGCACCACCUGCGCCGCAGCGCCGCCCGCUCCACACCACCCACAACAGGCACCCUCGCCCUCAUCGUGGGCGGCGUGCGUGCGAAAACGCGUCAAUGUCGACGUUGACCAAGACGACUUGGCGCAGGCAGGCCCGUCAACAGGCCCAAAGCGCCGCGCUUCGCCUUCAGGCGAACCCAUUGCUAUUGACCCGACGGCUUCGCCGCCCGCCCGCUCCACCCGUUCCUCGGGCCGACACGGCGCCUCUGCACGCACGCAACAACAGCAACAGCAACACCAGCAGCAGCAGCAUUCGCCGCGCUCGCCAAGAACGUCACCACGUGCCACCUCUUCGGCGUCCCCCCGCUCAGUCCACUCGUCGUCCCCACCACACCACCGCCCGGUGCUCCCAAUGCCCGCCUCGGCCAGUGCUCCGACGGUCGCCAUGGCCCCGAGCUCGGCGACGCCACCCGAUCGUCCGCCCCGUGCAUUUGGCCCUACAUCGUACAAUGCGUUCGAUUACGCCUUCCCUCCCCAGCGCCAAGAUCCAGUACAGGCUGCGCCAGCGCCUGCAGCACCACCAGCUGUUUCUGCACCUCCGCCGGUACCCUCACUCAGCAUCAACGGCUGGACCGGUGGCCUCGACCAGAACGGAUUCUUUGGAAGGGCCGCAAGACUCGGGAAUCGUGUAGGAAGCAGCCACUCGCCUCUAGCCCCCGACGUCAUCGACGACUGGGGCUUGUUGACAGAGAUGGGUCCAGUCAGUCGCACCGAGCUCAGCUCAGUCACACCCACCGCAACAAGGCCGGUUCCCGCCGCAACCGUCACCAUGCCCAGGCCCGCAGACCCAGACCGCAUUCGUCGCGAUGUGAUCCUCAGCAUGAGACGCUUGAGAGCCGCGCAACAGGCCCUCGAGGGCGCAGGCUGGGGCUCGGGGGCAGCGCCAGCGGCGGCUAGGCCAGGCGCAUCGGUCGACAACACCACGGACCUGCGCUCCCUGGCCCCACUCACCCCAGGAGAGAUCGAAGCGUACAGACAAGAGCUCGUCACCAUGGGCAACUCGCCCGCCGACAUGCGCAGAAGACAGGUCAUGCAGGGUAGAUUCCUUGCGACCGCAUCUUUGUUGCAUCCGCUCGCGGCCGCGUCUCGCCUCCCACAUGCCCCCAGGGAGCAGCAGCAGCAGUCACAGCAGUCACAGCAGCAGCAGGCACAUCUGGCACCGCAGUUGGCCACUGCCUUCUAUCCCGAGGCCCUCCCUCAGCGCAACUCCUUCCAGUCGGCGCAGGCGUCGAACCUCCCACAGUCCUCACACUCGUCCCUUAUGGAACGCACAUCGUCUUUCGGUCGCUCAGCCCAGCCGAACCAGUCCAACCUCUUGGUCUGGCAGCAGCACCGUGCCCAGCGUUUGGCCGAAGCACUCCAGGGCGUGUCGGGAGGGGGUGGCACCGCAGCCAAUGCGGUCAGCAACGCCGCCGCACCCAACAUCACGGGCUGGGUUAUGGACCCGGCAUUUGGCUACGCGAGCAACACCACGACUGCCGACAGGUCCGCUACCCAGGGCGACCGCGACAGGUUGAACGCCCUCGGGGUUCUCCCCGCCACAGAUUGGCUGUCGCGCCUCGAUGGUACGUUUGCGAACAAUGACGCGGCGGCAGUCCAGACCCAGGCUCCGUCUGGUCUUGCAGCUCGCAGUGCUACGCGCCAUCUCGCCACGCCGGCCGCCGCCCCCGCCCAGCCUGCACCCACUGGAUCUCGUCUCUCGGCACGUAACCUCGCCGAUUUCCGCCCCCGCGAAGAGCGCGCAGUUCCCACCAAUAUUGAGGACUGGCGCCGCCGCGUCCAGCCUCUCCCGACGGACACGGCGCCUGACCGCCGCCCUGCCUCUGUCCCUGCGCGCCCACACGUCCGUGACAUGUCCGCGCGUAUAGACCAGGACGUGACCAUGUCGACGCGAGACGAAGCCACUGCCGCUACCCCAGCGACCAGGCCAAGCAACGAGGAAAGGGCCCCUCGCCUCCCCAGUGGCAACCCACUCUUGCGCGCCAUUGAAGAGAGCGCCAUUCGAUCGGAGACCAACAGGUUUGCGGACGCUGCGGCCAACGGUGGCAUCGUGCCGAUCGACACGACAGAGUCGUUUGACCCCAACUACCGCGUAGACGCGUUCGGCCACCCGCGCCGCAGCGUCGACUUUGACUCGCACGCCCGGCAAAGUCUCGCCGAGCUCGCCCGCCACGCCAAUCAGAUUUCGGGUCUCGCCAUGCCCCCAGUCCCAACACAGACCACCGAACGAACCCGUGAAUCGUUCGCGCCUGGCCCGCGCGCUGGCAAUAGCUUUGACACUGAAUGGCUGCAGGGCGGCGCCUGGGUGCGCAGCGCGCGCCAGCGUCAAAUGUUUGCGGCCCAAGUGGAUGCCCAAAUGAACGCCAUUGGCCGCGGCAGUGGCCUCGACGGCGCGCACGCCGAGCCCACAGCCUCGGGCUCGGCGCUCGACCCCCAGUUCUUCAGAUCAGGUCCGCCCGUCGGCCUCAUCUACCAAACCUCGGCUGGGGGACCUUAUCACAGCCAUGGCCGCCCUCUCCCUCUGCACGUCAAUGCGGGGCCCUCGCUCCACACCAGACGCUUGCUCCCCAUGGCCCUUCAGCUGACCAUUACGCCCGAGAUGGGCCCCAAGGAGCGGCAGCAGGUCGUGUGCCAGAUCCUUCGCGUCAUGCUCAGAAUGGCCCCCGGUCAGCGCCGCAGCCUCGCGGCCAGCUGCCUCCGCCAGGUCAAGUGGUGCGACGUCGAGACGGACAAUGCCGACAUGGAGCGCGACGAGUGCUGCGCCGUCUGCCAGGACGACUACGAACCCAAGGACGACGUGGCGAUCACGCCAUGCAAGCACAUGUACCAUGCGUCUUGUCUCGACAAAUGGCACGCCACCCCCGCUGCCUCUACGUGCCCCAUGUGUCGGCGCGACCUCGCGGCGUACGGCGUCCUUGCCAAGGUGACGCCUGAGGGCAUCAAGGAGGCCCACAGCCUAUGGAUGGCCGCCGUGAACGCGGACCCGCCGCUGCCCAACGGCCUCGGUGUCGGCCUGGCGUGAUGUCGCAGGCCGUCGAGUGACCCAGCGCCAGCCAGCCCCUAAGCCCCCCAAGCUCCAUUCUCACCUUCCCCUACUCCCAAUCCAUCCCCAUAGCCCUUCCCACCUCCACACGCGCGAACCUUGUUGUUGAUCACUGCCCAUUGUGCCAUCCAUCUAUCUCCGCCACUGCAUCUACAUACAUCCGCUGUCGCAUCCAUCCACCGUACCACCCAGACUCUCGCCCACACCCACGCGGCUUGUACCCCAUG